CAAGGCUAUUUAUAGCCCUGGCACCUCAGUGUCACCAGGAGCUCUGUGCUGCUGUGGGACAGCUCUGCUGCCCUCUCCCAUGCGGCCCCUGCCGCCCCCAGCCUCGACAAGAAACAUUCCCGAUGAAUACCUUGAGUUCUGAGGAUAUUUAAACAGAGGAAAAGAGAUCAACCAUGGAUCACAAGGCUGAGGAGAGGAGAAAGCAGCGCCACAGCUUGACUUUACUGGAGCAAGUACAGAGAAUGAAAGAAUCAGCCGAGAUAAUCGACGUGGUGCUGGUUGCAGAAGGUGAGAAAUUCCCCUGCCAUAGGGUGGUGCUGGCUGCCUUCAGUGCCUAUUUCAGAGCCAUGUUCACGUGUGGCUUGGCAGAGUGCGCUCAGAGGGAGGUGGUGCUGCAGGACACCUGUGCCGAGAGCGUGGCCGUGCUGCUGCACUACAUGUACAGCGCCGAGCUGCGCCUCUCCAGCCACAACGUGCAGCCUGUCGCCCUCACCGCCUGCUUCAUGCAGAUGGAAGAGGUUUGCAGCAUGUGCCAGAAGUACAUGAUGGACCACAUGGAUGCUUCCAACUGUGUGGGCAUCUACUACUUUGCAAGCCACAUUGGGGCAGAAGAUUUGUGUGACCAAGCGAGGAAAUACGUGUAUCAGCAUUUUGCUGAGGUGAGCUUGCAGGAAGAAAUACUGGAGGUUGAAUUCCAGCAGCUGAUGACUCUCAUCAAAUCAGAUGAUCUGAAUAUCUCCAGGGAGGAGAGCAUUCUGGACCUGGUCAUUAGAUGGGUCAAGCACAGCAGAGAGACACGUUCAGAACACCUCAUCGAGCUCCUCAAGCAAGUGAGACUGGUGCUUAUCAGCCCCUCUUUCCUUGUGGAAGCCAGGAAAAGGAACACAAUGAUCCUGUGCAAUUCAGAAUGCAAUGACCUGUUCGAGGAAGCCCUGAAAACCAUCCAGCUGUCCAGGCCCCCUUCCCUCAGCCUGCGUUAUGGGAUGGAGACUACGGAUCUCCUGCUCUGCAUCGGCAACAACUCCCUCGGCAUCAGGUCCAGGCACGGCAGCUACGCGGAUGCCAGCUUUUGUUUCGCUCCUGCAACACGGAAGACUUACUUCAUUUCCUCCCCCAAGUAUGGAGAGGGCUUAGGAUGUGUUUGCACUGGUGUUGUCACUGAGAAAAAUGAUAUCAUUGUGGCAGGCGAGGCAAGCGCCGUCAAAAUGUCUAGACAAAGGACCAGGAACAUUGAAAUUUAUAGAUACCACCAGCGAGGAAACCACUUUUGGCACAGCCUGUGCACCACUCAGCUGCGUGAGCUCUACGCCCUGGGCACUGCCCACAACGACCUCUACGUAAUAGGAGGGCAAAUGAAAGUGAAAAAUCAGUAUCUGGUCACAAACUGCGUGGAGAAGUACUCCAUGGAGCAGGGCAGCUGGAGAAGCACAGCACCUCUGCCAGUGCCACUGGCCUGCCACGUGGUGGUGACAGUGAAGGACAAGCUGUACGUGCUGGGUGGAUGGACACCACAGAUGGAUCUGCCUGACGAGGAGCCGGAUCGAUUAAGUAACAGAACGUUUCGCUACGACCCAGCCCAAGACAAAUGGGCAGAGAGAGCCCCAAUGAAGUUCUCCAAGUACCGCUUCAGCACAGCCGUAGUCAACGGGGAGAUUUAUGUCUUGGGAGGAAUUGGGUGCCUUGGUUAUGACAGAGGACAGACACGGAAAUGUCUCGAUGCAGUGGAGAUUUAUAACCCUGAUGGAGACUUUUGGAGGGAUGGACCCCCUCUGCCUUCUCCCCUCCUCUCCUUACGGACAAACUCCACCAGCGCAGGCUCCGUGGAAGGGAAGCUGUACCUCUGCGGAGGAUUUCAUGGAGCAGCUCGCCAUGAAGUUAUCACCAAAGAGAUCCUGGAGCUGGAUACGUGGGAGAACCAGUGGAACGUGGUGGCCACCAAUGUCCUCAUGCACGACAGUUACGAUGUUUGCCUGGUUGCUCGCCUCAACCCACGGGAUCUUAUCCCUCCUCCUCCCGAUUUAGUGGACCAAUAGAAGUUCAGUGACUCCCAGUGCUUCCAGAUUCUGCAGAGAUUAAAGAAUUUGGGGAGACAAAUGCUGCAUUGGCUCUGGAUCACAGCAGAGUCCCACAUAGAGGAAAGGGCAAUGUGUGCUUGAGGACAUAAUAGCCUUUGAGCUGUGCUCCUCUGCUGAUGCUUAACUUGAUAGUACUGGUGCUCUGGACUUCUGUGGUUGAAAGCCAAGGCUGCCCAGCCUUUGUGUGUGGCUCUUCAACUUCAAUCUGGCUGUGCAAGCUCCAGGGCUGGGUGAAGCCUGGCUGCUGGGACUCUUUGCCUCGCAGGCACAGAGGCAGCCCAGGCUCAGCUCACAGCAGACAUGACAGAAACCCAAAGUAUUUCAUAUACACAUAUAUAGCCAGGGAAAUCCCUCCUUUGCUGUUCAUCCCACUUGGAUCUACUAAGCUACCCAGGAAGC